AUAGUCUUCAAAGUGAGCUGAAAAAGGAGAAAAAAAAAAAGCAAUCGGAAAAAUGGCCGCCGGCACGGCAAAUCUAUCGGAAAAAAUGGUGCAUCCGGCAGUAAAACCUUUAUCUGACCUGCUUGGUACUUGGAAAGGUGAAGGUGAAGGCUUUUUCCCUACAAUUUCUUCCUUCAAUUACUCCGAAGAACUCCAAUUUACUCACUCUCCAAACAAGCCUGUGAUAGCUUAUUCUCAAAAGACAUGGAACUUGAAAUCUGGACAACCUAUGCAUUCUGAGAGCGGAUACUGGAGACCUAAACCCGAUGGGACCAUUGAAGUCGUCAUUGCUCAGAGCACUGGUCUUGUUGAAGUCCAGAAAGGAACAUAUGACAUGAAAGAGGGAGUUGUGAAGCUUAAAAGUGAACUGGUUGGCAAUGCUUCCAAGGUCAAGGAGAUAACUCGAGUUUUUAAAGUGGAGAAUUGUGAACUAUCAUAUGUUGUGGAGAUGGCCACCAGUCUAACUGAUCUUCAGCCUCAUCUCAGAGCCUCUCUUAAGAAGCUCUAGGCUGUCAGCUCAUGACCG